AUUUUCUAGCCAAGUGAGCUCAAAAGCAAGAGAACAUAACCUAAAAAUGCGAUAUGGCUCUUCUUUUUUCUCAUUUUUCUGAGAAUUUUCCGGCGUGAAGAUGCGAAAAAGCCGUGAAAAAUGGUGCUCCGUUAGUGUGGCAAUUAUUCUCGUGUGUGUUUGUGUGAAGAGUGUCGUGGGAACGGCGGGAAAUAGUUUGCUUGUGAUUUCCUACGAUGCAUUCCGGAAUGAUUACCUCAGGCGCAACGUAACGCCACAUCUCAAUUCCUUCCGGAAUGAGGGCAUUUCCGUGCCCUUCAUGCGGAAUGUCUUCCCCACGAAAACCUUCCCGAAUCAUCAUACAAUUGCCACGGGUGUCUAUCCGGAAGUUCACGGUGUCACGGCAAAUUCUGUCUUUGACCGAGUGUCCGGGAAGAAGCUGGAGUACGGAUAUCCCCUGUUUCACUACACCGAGGACGUCAUCCCAAUCUGGACGCUCAAUGAGCUGCGAGGUCAGUACUCGGGCUGUAUGAUGUGGCCUGGAAGUGAUUUCGCAUACUCUGGACGCAAUUGCACCUACACCGUGUCCUACAACAGGUUCAUUUCAUGGGAUGAGCGUGUGGACAUUGCCAUGAGUUGGCUGCGGCACAAGGAAAAGCCCGCCAGACUCGUGAUGAUGUAUUUUGAGGAUCCAGACACUCAUGGCCACAUCUACGGGCCAGACUCGAGCGUGAUUAGCGACUUGAUCGUUAAACUGGACAAUCUCACAGCGUCCAUCCAGCAGAAGCUGAAAGCGCUGAAUUUGGCUGAUCGCGUGAAUGUGAUCCAUUUGAGUGAUCACGGAAUGGAGGGGGUGGCAUCGGCAAAGUUCAUUGAUUUGCGCAAAUUCGUCACGAAUGGCACGUGUGACUUCUACGGAACAUCUCCGGUGCUGCAGGUUGUUCCAAUUGCGGGGAAGUUUGAUGAUGUUUAUGGGGAGCUGAAGAAAGGCGCCCAGGUGAAUGGACACUUUAAGGUCUACAGCAAUGGGGAGCUCCUGAAGCGAUGGCACUUUAACAAUUCAGCCAGAACGGGGCCUAUAACUGUCCUUGCGGAUGCAGGCUAUGCAUUCCAGGAUAUGUACGAAGCUGCCGAAUGGUAUGCCAAGAAGUACAAUGUAACAUUCACGCCACAGCACGAGUAUGGGAUUCAUGGGUACGACAAUGAAGGCCUCCCCUCCAUGUACUCCAUGUUUAUGGCCAAAGGCCCGGACUUCCAGCAACACCGAAACAUCACACCCUUCGACACUGUCGACCUCUACAGCCUCUUCGUGAGGAUUCUCAACCUCUCCAAUCCUCCAGCAACCAAUGGAACUCUCGAGCAUGUCGCUGAAGCCCUGAGGACCAGCACGAGCACCUCUUCCGGUACCAAAAAGGAUCCCAAAGUCUCCGCAGCUAUUGUGGCGCUUGGCAGCGCAAUGGUGAGCUUCAGCAUUGUAUCCUUUAUUGCCACAUUUGCAGUUUUAGCUGUGCGAAGGAGACGCGCGAGAGCUUCCUGCGAGGAAGUGGACUUGCCUACAAGUCACGAGGUGACUCUCCUGCUCAAAACUCCGAGUGGGAGCUCUUCGGGAUCCUCAACGGCAACUGAUACUGAUGUCAUUUGACAUGCACUGAAUACACAGAGAUUUAUGAACAAAUUUUUUCACUCAAAACCCAUUUUUUUGGGAAGACUUUUCAUUUAUUUUGUAAUUUAUUUCUUUGCUGCUUAAAUAAACUGUGAUUUUGUAGAAAAAA